ACGCAUACACACACGGGCUGUUGCUUUCCAGCGCCAUUCUUCAGCCCCUAAUUGUUAGAGUCACACCAAUCAGAAUGGCGCUGCUGAUGACCGAGGGUGUGUUAUGGAUGUUGUUGUUGAGGCUGUGACACUGCCUUCCUGCACGCCUCAUUGCUCCCAAGUCCCGGCUCAAGUGGCUUUUCUCGCACAAAUCGAGUGACAUUUCCAAAGCGCAACGGCGGGAGAUUCACCACUCAAGAGGAAGGGAAGCUGUUUUACCCCAAGACACCCACGAAACCUGGAAGGCUUUCUUUAAGAGAAGCUAAAUCAGCGCUGGUGGAUAAUGGAGAUUGCUUCCUUAUCAAAAACUUUGUGGACGAGUGACCCCAAACUUUUACAUCAGCACUUCACAGAUGUAUUAACAUCAGUUCAUACCACCCAAGAUAUUCCAGAAGGGACGGUUCUAGGCCCGUUUAUUCUUCAAAAUACAAUUUUUGACACUAUAGCAUUUAUUGCUUUGAAAUGUACGGAGAGAAGAAGCAUCCCAUAUGUCUUUCGGGUUGACACAGCAAUGUUAAAUAAUCCAUCCUAUGCUGGCUUGCCAUGGCUUCGACUUGUGCAAGCUGCUGUUGACAAGAAAGAGCAAAAUUUAGAGGCUUAUCUAAAGAAUGGACAGCUGUAUUAUCGUGCCACUCGAAAGAUUGUGAAAGAAGAAGAACUAUUUGUAUGGUAUGAUGAAGAACUGUCUGCACUGCUUGGCUUCCAGGAAAUUAAAGCUCGCAACUCCCUAAUUGAUUUCAAAUGCCCAGAAUGUGAUCAGCUAUUUAAGUAUGAAAACCCUUAUCUGGCACACAUUCGUUUUCUUUGCACUUCAGGAAAAGACCAUAUUUUCUGGAAAAAUCUAAAUGAAAGGAGAACAAACGAAGUCAGCUCAAGUCAGAAAGUUACAAACUUUCAUAACCUCGCCAGAGACUUGGAAGACAAUGCACGCACAAGUGAUCUUUCAACAGCUGAAAAGAAAAGGAAGCUUGAACAGGCAGAUACCUUUAAAAUCAGAAAACCUGUACUUUUGGAGAAAACAAAUAGCUUAAAUAAUGAACAUACUCCUGGAAGCAUGGGUGAAGCUACUGCUGACCAAGUGCUUGCAGCCUCAGUUUGGAAGCUAAGUUCUGGGAAACACCUUUUUGGGAAAGACCCCUCAGAACAAAAGUGCAGUGCCUUCACAGAAGUGAAGAGGGCAAAGGACAGUUCAAAGCAAGAACAAUCAAAGGAAUCAGAACAUGAUCGGGUCAUUUCUAUAUCUGGCAGUAUGUACACAGAAAAUGAGGGGGUACAGAAGUCAACUGGCAGUGCAUUUUCACUGGUGUGGCCCACCAGUCCUAGGCAAGAGCAGAAAAGUGCUUUCAUGAAACCAACAAGGCAACAAACAGAGGGAUCCAUAAUGGGGCUUAAUCAUUCAAUUUGUGACCCAGCAGAAACAUCUGUUGAUAUAUCGGGUCACAUCACCUCACCUAAUAUCCCAGGAUAUAACAAUUUGGUAUGUUCUAAAUAUUUUGGACUUGAUUUAGCUAACACUCAGAUGAUUCUAAGCAGCAUUAACAGAAGCAACCCACUGCCAUAUGCCACCGAACUGUGGCCCAAGUCACUGGGAGCACAUUUACAGACUACCUCUUCUCUAACUCUUCUCCCACCAUCAUUUACGUCAUAUGGUGUUGCAGCACAGAACUGGUGUGCAAAGUGUAAUUUAUCAUUUCGAAUGACCUCGGAUCUUGUUUUCCACAUGCGAUCUCAUCAUAAGAAAGAGUAUGCGCUUGAUUCUCAAUGCAAAAGAAGGAGAGAAGAAAAACUGACUUGUCCAAUCUGUAAAGAGUACUUCAGAGAGCGUCACCAUUUAUCUAGACACAUGACAUCACACAACUAACUGUGAAACUAUAAUAUAGUUAAAAAUAAAUAUAUGUAUUUGUAUUCAUAUUAUAAUUUCAGCAAAUAUAAUCAGUUGUAAUUUAUAUUAUUGUUUCAAGAAAUAAAAAAAAAUCAGAUGCAAAUGACAAUACACAAGUAUUAUAGAACAACUACUCACAAAAGAUGAUUCUUAUAAUGAAUAUGUUUCCAGUACAGCACAACAAAUCUGUUUUGGGACAUUUGUCUUUGUAAUGUAAAAAUAAAAAUUGUAGUGAUUUAAUUUAAAUAUUUCCAUCAGUUUCAUAUGCUAAGUCAUUAUAUGUGUGUAUGGAUAUAUAUUUGUGUGUGUAUAUGCUAUAUGUGCAGAUACACAGUUACAGCAGCUGGCAGGGAUGAUUUUUCAUACAUUUUUAUAAUGUGUAAAUAUAUAUGUGAAAGAUUAUUUCUUGUAUAUUGUAAUAAAUAUAACAACUGA